ACGAGUCUCGUUUUGGUCUGCUGAAAUCUUCGACGAAAAUUUUUUUUAUAAUUGUAUCUAUCAUUCACUGUUAAACAAAAACAAACAAAAUAAAACUGUAACCUGGAUAUUGCGUAGAAUGUAAUUUUUAAGUUUCUUAAUGAUCUGAAUUUUCAUAUUUUCUGAAGUAGUCUUUUAAACAACAGAUAUUUUUAGUCACUUUCUAAAUAAAUCGAAAGAAAUUAAAUUUUUAUACAUGAAUCGAUGACAGUAUAUGACAUUUGUAAGAAACCGUUAUGGAGAUGCUAAAUCGUAUUAAAAGCACUGUUUCUAACUUCAGCACAGUGCUGCCUGGCAAUCCUGUCACCCGUGAAUAUGAAAUUGUUGAGCAUGUGGCAAGUGCUGGCCCUGCUCUGUUAUGGAAAGUUUACAAAGGCAUAAAAAAAUCUACAAAAGAAGAAGGAGCAGUUUUUGUAUUGGAAAAGAAAUUAUUAGAUAGAUAUUCUAAGCAUGAGCGUGAAACCAUAUUAACAAUUUUAAAAAAUGGUAUUGCAAGAUUAACGAGACUUAGACAUCCUAGCAUAUUGACCGUUCAGCAAGCAUUAGAAGAAUCUAGAGAAAGUUUAGCAUUUGCUACAGAACCUGUGUUUGCAAGCUUAGCAAAUAUUCUAGGAUGUACAGAAAAUAUGCCAGUUCCUCCUCCUAAAGCUCUAAAAAAUUUUGAGCUAUUUGAUGUUGAAAUAAAAUAUGGAUUUCUUCAGUUGACUGAAGGUUUAGCCUUUUUACAUAAUGAUGUGAAAAUGAUCCAUGGGAAUAUAAAUCCAGAAUCGAUCCUUGUGAAUCAAAGUGGAGCAUGGAAGUUGGCAGGGUUUGAUUUCUGCAUUCAAUUGGAAAAGAAUCCCGACUUCCAGAGUGAUCAAUUUAGUUUAGGUGAGAUUAACAUAGAUCUGCCUCCUCCUUGCCUUCCUAACCUAAAUUAUGUUGCUCCUGAACGUCUUUUGGGAAGCUCCAGCAAUUUUGCCAGUGAUAUGUUUUCUUUGGGUCUUCUAUUUUAUGCUGUCCAUAAUCAAGGGAAAUCUCUGCUUUUGAAUUCUGGAUGUAGCAUGGCUUCCAUUAAGAAUAACUACAAUCAGCUGAAAAUGCUUUCACCAAAUGCUCUUUCAAACUUGCCUCAGGAAAGUCGAGAACAUGUUAAAAUGCUUCUAAAUUGUACUGCUGAAUUACGACCUGAUGCUUUCCAAACAUCAAAGUUACCCAUGUUUGAGGAUUUUGGCGUUAAAACUCUUCAGUAUUUGGAUUCUUUAUACCAGUGGGAUAAUUUGCAGAAAUCACAAUUUUAUAGAGGCCUCCCUCAAAUAAUAACAAAGAUGCCCAAGAGAGUAAAUCUUCAUCGGAUUAUUCCUUGUCUUGCUAAAGAAUAUCACACGCCUGAAAUGGUACCAUUUAUUCUUCCUAAUGUGCUGCUUGUUGCUGAAGAUGUAACAAAAGAAGAAUUUCAGUCCCUUAUUCUCCCUGAUAUGGUUCCUCUAUUCCGGUUACAAGAACCAGUUCAAAUUACAUUAAUAUUUAUGCAAAAAAUGGAGUUGCUGUUAUCAAAAUGUCCACAAACAGUAAUUACUAAUCAUGUUUUACCUAUGGUCUACAGAGCUCUUGAAUCUGAUGCUCAACAAAUACAGGAACUUUGCUUGAGUAUCAUUCCUAAGUUUGCUAGUCUCAUUGAAUAUUCAGCUAUGAAAAAUGCUCUUUUACCUCGCAUCAAGAAACUGUGUAUUUCUACUAGUUAUCUUUCAGUACGUGUAAAUUGUCUUGUUUGCAUUGGGAAACUUCUUGAACAUUUAGACAAGUGGUUAGUUCUGGAUGAAAUUCUUCCUUUCCUUCCUCAAAUACCAUCUAAAGAGCCAGCUGUUCUAAUGGGUGUUUUAGGUAUUUUGAAGUUAACAAUGUCACACAAGAAAUUAGGCAUCACAAAAGAAAUUAUGGCAACUAAAAUUAUUCCAUUCCUUAUGCCUUUAUCUAUAGAAAAUGGCUUAACUUUGAAUCAAUUUAAUGCUAUCAUGACUGUUGUGAAAGAAAUGGUGAGUUUUGUGGAAGCAGAACACAAGACGAAAUUGGAGCAGCUCAAUUCCAUUCGACAAGAGCAUGGCUCUACAUUAGAAAUGGCCCAAAUGGUUCCAGGAAGCCAAAGUCUUGUUCCUGAUUUGGGCUUGGAAGGAAAUAAACCAGGGGUUGAUGAUAUGUUUAAAAAUCUUGGUUUAUCGUCAUAUCAAAGUACAAAUAAAAAUGUGAAAGCCUCUUCUCCGAAUAAUGUCAUGGGAAAUCAGCAACAAAGUGAAAAAGCUUAUUCAAAACCCUCUUCUAUGUCGCUUGAAGAAAAAAAGACUUUGAGCUGGAACCAGGACCAGCAGCGUAAGUGGAAUAACCAAGGGCAAGGAGAACCUUUAGUUCCAUCCCGUGAUCCAACAACUUCUCUCAUUGAAUCCAACUUGCGAGGACUUGGUUCUACUAACAAGUCCAUGAACUCUUUCUCCUCCCUCAAUUUAACUACAAGCACAAAUUACAUUCCAAACAACUGGUCACCUAAUUUUGGACCUCCUACUACACUUCAACAACCUCAUUCUUUUGCUGGGGGUUUUCAACAACCAAAUUCUGGCUUUCAGCAACCAAAUUCUUUGGUGGGAGGGUAUGCAUCCUUAGCAUCCAGUCCUCCCCACCAAGUUCAACAACCUACCUUUCAAAGUAACUCUCCUGCAAGUAUGGAUUUGCGCUCGCUGGAUAGUCUGUUGCCAAAUAUGGGUCCCAGAAAUACUCCUACCCUUGCUCAACUAAGCAGUGGAACUAAAGAUUUUACUUCAUCUAUUCCCUUAAUUCCAUCUCCUCCACGCUACUCUGCACCAGCAAGUAAUUUAGCUAAGAGUGAAUUGGAGGAUCUGCUUGGAUAAAAAAAAAGGGUACUAAUCCUUUGUAUUGUGAUUGUAAAUAUAUAUACAUUUAAAUACUUUUAUUUUCAGUAAUGUUGAAAUUGUGAGGAUGAUUUGCUGUGAACUAAAUAUGUAUAAAUAAAACAAAAUAUGUACAUGAAAAAUGAGAGAAAUGCACUUCAUUUCUUUAAGAUUCCUGUUUUUUUACAAACAUGCGAUUAUGUGUUAAGAGUAAAUACUAUAUUAUUUUUUUAUCUUUCUUAAGUAUGUCACUCUAUCUUAAUAUUUGAGUAUUUUUUAUAGAUGUUUGGAAUUUUUUUGAAUGUAUUAUACAUGCUACGGCAUGCAUGAUAUGUUUUAUUUUUUAUUAAUAUUUGGAAGGAGGAAAAAAUGUUUUUCUAAAUCAUAGUUGUCUCAUUUUAUUUUAUUUAAAUUGGUAUACUGACCUUAUAAUAUUUAGUCUUAAAUUAAUGUGGUACAAUUAAUAUGAUACAUUGCAUUUUGUGGAAUAUUUUUUCCUUUUAGCUUGCUUAUUAUUUUAUUUUUUUAGUAGGAAAAAAAAUUAACUCCUCCAGGUAUAUGAAAAUGAAAGUGGAAUUUUACACAUAGUCUGUAAAAAACAUUGACUUAUUUAAAAAGCACUAAAAAAUGUGACUUAAUAUAUGACUGUAUGAAUAAAUUUUUGUGAAUUUUUAAAAAAUUUUAGUUGAUAUUUUGACAUUUUUAUGUGAUGAAAAAAAUUUUAAUGAAAAUGUGAAUUGUCAUUUUGAAUAAUCUUAAAAGUUUAUACAUGCAAUCUCAUUUUUAUUUGAUAUUUAUAGUUCAAGAAUUCUUGGUUUAGAUAUUAAAAUAUUCAUAACUGUACUUAAACAUUCCUGAAGUGAUUAUUGGCAUGAUCAGUAUUAAAGACGAUUUUUAGUAAUACUUGUGCUAAAUCUGUGCUUUCACAUUUUAUGAUUGAAUUUUUUUUUUCUUUCCUUCUUUCUAGUCAUUAAUAAGCAUCACAUUUAAUUCAGUUUUAGAUCUUUGAAAACAUUUUAAGUUUCCUCAAUAAAUAAAAAAAACUUCUAAUAAUAAUUUCUGUUAAAUUAAUAGCUUUUUAACAUUUACUUUCAGCUAUUCUCCUGAUACUUUAUAUGAAAAAUUCAAAUAUUCUUUAAUAGAAAAAAAAUUCAAAAUAAAUAUAAUGAUUGACAAUUCUAUAUGUUGAGAAUUUUUGAGAAAAAAUCAGCAUCCAUAUUUUUUUACAUAUAAUUAUAUACCUUAUUAUUAUUAUGUUAGUAUUCAGAAAAUGACAUUCCCAAUGUGUAAAAAAUGCUUUAAAUGGGAAGUAUGAAUAUUUUAUGGGAUCUAGACCUUCCCUUAAUGGACAUAAAUCAAAAUUUAUAUUUAUCUAUAAAGACUUGGUGUAGUUAUUCUAUUUUCACAGAAAUAAAUGCAUUUAUCCUAGAGCUUAUUUGAGUUCACUAUAUUACAUUCAAUUGCACUGCUUUGUUAUUUUAGUAGUUUUAUAUCUUUCAUUGCGAGCAGGUAUUAAUGUUUUUUAUUCAGUUCUUAAAUUAUUUCAACUUUACAGGAAAUUUGGAAUAUUAACAUAAAAUUUUCCCAUUUUUAACUUUUAUAUUUAAAAUUACAACUUAAUCUGACAGUUGUUGGUUCUAUGCUUUCUUUAUUGCAAAACCAAAGAAAUUAAUAUUUUGUGUUGGUAUAUUUUCAGUUUAACAAGUAUGAAAUAUGUAUGAAUUACUAUUUAUAAUGAAACAUGAAAGGCAUUCAGUGUGUUUAUAUUUUAUUCUGGAUAAAUGUUU